CCCGGCGGCUCAGAUCCUUACCAGGCUAGACGAUGACGACGGGUCAGCGGCUGGGUUUGAGACGCAAGAAGAGCCGCAGGAAAUGCCCGAGGGUCGAGAACAUACCCCGGAAGAGGAACUUGAUGGCGAUACUCCCCAGUAUCUCGUCGUGGUCAUGCACAGGUGUAAUACAGAGAGGGUGUCCCCGGAACUCCAGGAUCUCGCGGUCGAGGAUGCGAUCGAUUAUAGUGCCAUAGACCACUCCCAAACCGCGAGAGAUGAUUUGGUCGGGACUGAGCGCCCGGCUGGCCCACGUUCUAUUGUCCAGCCGCAGACAUCUGACGCCCAGGUGCACGCGGAUACCAACGUAACGGGUCAAGCAAGUGCCUGCGAUUACUAUGCCCAGCCUGCGAUGCUGUGGGAAGAUGCUGGAAGCCCGGUAACCGUGUCGCGGCUGUGUCCGCCUUGGACUGGAACACUGUCACUUCUAAGCGACGGGCGCCAACAGCCGAGUCCCGGCCAAACAGGACCUCCCAUGAAACCGCCUCCCCGCCCUCCGAUUGCCAAAGCCUGUGAUUCUUGCCGCGCCCGGAUAGAUGACGGAUUAACUCGUCUGGCGUGCCCCUUCUUCAAACAUGACCCCCUGGCGCACUUGGACUGUGCCAAAAUCGGGAAGGAAAACAUAGCGAAGAUGGAUGAGCACGUCAAGCGCAAGCAUAAACGCAACGUCUCCAUGACCAAGAGGCCUCUUGGCAACAACCGGAAAUGGUAUUUACUCUGGUCUAAGCUUUUCGACAAUGCCCCGGAACCAGCGUGUCCGUAUUUACACCCGGCGGACGAUCUCCAGGAUGUAUUUGCAGAAAGGGGCCUCGAUGGCGGAAGUGAAUGCCCGGCAUACGUCGGACAGUAGAGGUACCAGAGGAGCGGAACGUUGUACCAGACACGGCUCCUUUGAACGUGUCCCACCAGCCUGAGGAUCUUGCGGGCGGUAUCUACUCAACAAGGGAGCCCCCAAGCGACGACAACGACCAAUAUUCCGUUGACCUUUCUGACGUCUGGAUGGACUUUGGAGCCUAGCGUGGGUUAGGUGACUGGCAGAUGCGGGCGGGACGUUACAAUCGACAACUACAACCACCUAAAUUGGUUACAGAUGGUGAAGGGUUCGUCGUAGAGGAGUGGGGUGCCAUUCUAGAAAUGGCGUCUUUCUACGGCCUCGAUGCAAUAUAUGCAACGACAUUGGCGAGUGUUCCCACGGAAGGUUACCGCGGUGUGGCAUGUACAUAGCGAGG